GCAAAUGUUUUCAUAGUAAGACACUUGUCACUCCCUCCUGGAUUCCAUCCAAUGCGCAACUAUCUCAACCAGCUCGAUGCCACACUAAUUAUUUACAUCACUUCCUACCACUGCUCAGAAGAACUUGAACAACUGACCGAUUUAGAUCGCGCUCAUAAGUAUCAAGUCACUAAUACUGGAUAAAGCCUGUGCCGGACUGUAAUUCCUGGAUUUCUUCAGCACUGUAGACAUGGUAGUAAGAGAGGAGGUGGUUGUUAGCAGAGCUGAAGCCAAGAUGCAGUUUCAACCCCCCAUAAUAGGGCAUUUUAGACGCUAUCCAAAUGCGUUUCGGGGCAAGAGAUCGAAGCCAUCUCUCUACAGGAGAACAUUCAGAGAUCCCAGCCCCACCGAGAUGAGCGUGGAGCCCUGGGCCAGCUCCCGGGACCAGGCAGCCGCUAAGCAAGCACACAGCCCGCUCGACGCCCCCUCUGAGGACCAGGAGACGUUCCCCGACAAAGCCUGCGUGGACUCGUUCUGGCAUGAGGUUCAGACCAUCCAACAGGGCGACCCGGAUCUUGGCUGCAGCAGGAGAGACUCCAGACACUCAGAAGAAGGAGAGCAAGAGGAGCAGUGGCUGGCCGACGCUGGCUUAUCGACCCUCAUCAGCGACGACGGCGAGGAUGUAGACAAGGCGGUGCUGCUGUCCACUCUGACUAAGACGCAGGCGCUCGCCGUUCAGCGUCGACUCGAUUCCUACACUGUGUCCCGCCGGAAAAAAAACAAACCGCCGCCUCGUGACGUUCGGGACAUCUUCAGCUCUGCUCAGACUCUGCUGCCAGAAUCUCAGCAUAACGAAGACCUUGCCCAACACAGUAUGGCUUCAGUUGCCAAAACACCACUUUCAGAGCAUCAACGAGGCGCUCCUAAAGAGGAGUUCCUCAUCACGGACAUCGCUUACUGCGAACAGGCCGUCAUCUUCAUUAAACAAGCCAAGUUUCCACAGAAUAACACUCAACACAGGAAAGAAGAUGGCUCACUCCCUCGGGUGGUCUGUCCCAAGUGUCGUCUGGGAGUGACUCGGAUACAGGAUCUCUCCCACACCGACAUGAAGAAGGUGCGCCAGCUGGCUCUCAUCGACAUGACGGCGCUCUGCGACCUUUUAGAAGUGGAGGUGAAACGGCACAAAACUGGAAGGAGGAAAAUCCCAGAGAGUACACUUUUCAGUGUACCGUUAGCCACGCUGCUGGAGAACGAACAGAAACUGAAGCCAAACACGACGAUUCCUCUCUUCCUGCAGGCGUUGUUAUCGCUUCUUGAGAGGAAAGGAGUCGAUUCAGAGGGGAUCCUGCGGGUUCCUGGAUCUCAAGCCAGAAUAAAGCUGCUCCAACAGAACCUGGAGGCCAACUUCUACUCAGGACGCUUCAACUGGGAUGAAGUGAGUCCCAACGACGCUGCUGCGCUGCUCAAAAAGUUCAUCCGAGACCUGCCUGAUCCUCUGCUCACCGCAGAGUACCUCAACACCUUCAGCGCUGUGAGAGACAUCACAGAGCUGAGACAAAAACUUCACGUGCUGAACCUGCUGGUCCUGCUGCUGCCUGAGCCCAACAGAAACACGCUGAAGGCUCUGCUCGAGUUCCUCAGUAAGGUGGUUUCCAGGGAAAAGAGGAACAGGAUGAACCUGUGGGCCGUUUCCACCAUCAUGGCUCCAAACCUUUUUCUCCAUAAGGCCGUCCCGAGCCGACUGACGGACGGGACGGAGAAAGGACAGGCGGAGAAGGCAGCCGACGUGAUGAGGCUUCUCAUUCGUUACCAGGACCUACUCUGGACAAUUCCUAAUUUCCUUGUGAGUCAGGUGCGCAAGCUGAACGAGAACAGCAAUCGCCGUUACCAAUUCUACGAUCGCCGCUUCAAGAAUCUGCUGAAGAAAAUCCAGCCAGAAAGCAGAGAGAAGCCUGAGAAAAACAAGUCAGAGCUUCUUCGCACAGUGAAGAUCCAGGUUGGAGAUCAGGUGAAAGACUCGAUGGAGUAUCAGCUCAGCAUCAACACCCGAACCUCCGACCUGCUCGAAUAUUUUCAGCGGCAGUUCUUCCGCAGCCCCGCCAAUGGAAAGGGAAAAAUACGAAGAAACGGCUCUGUCUCACAUCCGGACUGCGCUCUUUAUGAAGUGGGAGGAAAUAUAGGGGAGCACUGUCUGGACGUCGACACACACCUGCUGGACCUGUACAACAGUAACCCCGGAGGAGAAUGGGUCAUCAAGCUGAAAUCCAACGGCAGCAGGGGAGUGUGACCUGAAGCCUGUGGGACAAAACACGAGCAGGUUUCAGAAGGGUCAUAAAGACAUAUCCUUAAGACCCCUUCAUGUCCAGAUCAUCCUGUGAGCAACAAGCAGGAGGAGGACUGCACAGAUGGAUGGAACAAACGCAUCAGUGGAGGAUCUGCCUGGAGCAAAGCCUAGAAACUGAGAUCCCUUCAAAACCAACUGUGCUUCAUCUUCUGUCCUCCACUUUUUUCUUUAGUCCAUUUUCAUUUACUUUUUUUUUUCCCAUCAUCUGUCUGCUGCGUUACUGGAGGGCUGCAACGCUGCGAGCGAAAAGCUGCUUAUGUGACCCAUUACUUCCAGCAGAGAACCUGCUGCACAGAAACAAGAGAGGAGACGGUGAGCAUCUCCACGGUUUGUCUCCGGCUUUUCUCUGGAGCAAUCAUCUCCGACCACAAGCGAACAGAUGGGGAUGCAGAGCACCUCUGGCUAUCCUGAGCCCCCACCCCCCACCACACACCUUCUGCUACAAAUAUGCAGUUUUUUUCCUGUUGUGGAUUAAACCCAAGGAGAAAAAAACACGAUAUAAGGGUUUUCUUUACAUAUUCUGGGCAAAAUUGAUAUAAUCUGUUAAAUGUGUAAGAUAAAUCAUUCAGGAGCUGCUGAUCUACCAUAAAUUAUGUUAUUCUAUUCCAGUUUCAAAACCAAGACUUAAAGCUUUUUAAAUCAUUCUUAGAAAAUGACUGAAAUUACAGUGAAGGACUUAAUGACACUUUGUGUUUUAUCCAACAGUAUUAUGUUAAUUUCCUCAAGGUUUUUUUUUUUUUUUUGUGUCCUGUUUUUGUGUAGAAAGUUAUUUAAAACUUGGAAUCUUGGUCUUUAAUGAGAAACAGAAAACUUUUGAUGUUACUUUUUUUUUAGUUGUUUUUGUUUCAACUAAUUCAACCACCAGAAAAAAAAAACCCAGUUCAGAUGGAGGAGCAGAAACUAAAUGGGUAAAUGCACUUUUUCACCUCUUCUUCUGUGGUGAAUCUUCUCUGCAGCUUUGAGGCCAACAAACCAGGAAGGGUCUCUGAUGAACUGAUUUGUUUUAUUUUACAAUCUGUAAAAUUAAAACAUCCGGACUUCCAAGAACCCAACAUGGAUCAGUGAUGACAAAGCCUGACAUGACUUCAUUUUGUUUUAAGUUUUGCAACCAAGAACUUUGGUACUUGUACCUCCUAUAAAAGGAGGAAUUAGGGACACAGUGAAGCUGGUCUUCAUUUUUUUUUUAUUUUGAAACAUUAAAUGAAGCCAAAAGUGCUGAAGUGACUCAUGGGGCAACCUGGGAUUAUUACUAUUAUUAUUAUUAUUAUUAUGGUUAUUUAUAUGAAUGUAAAACCGAUGUUGCUUUUCUUGUCAGUGAGUGUUGUGUAGGAUAUAGGAUAACGUGUUCCUGCACACUGUGUGGGGAAUCUGCAGUGUUUGCGUUCAGAUGUCUUUACGUCUGUUAGUUUGAUGUUGUUCCUGUGUAAAUGCUGUUCAGUCACACUCUGCCACCAGGAGAAACCCACUGCAGGACUGCUGUCGUGUUGAAGCGGCUCCAAACACGAGCAGCAAACGAACAUAUUUAACACGUUUCUGCGCCGGUUGUCGACUUUGCUCCUCGCGGUCGCGGCCAUGUUGUUUGCUCCGCGGCCAUUUUGUUGGACGUGUCUCGCACACUCUGCUCGAUAGACGACAUAAUGACGGGGUGGGGGCACCCUGCACCAGCAUCCAUCAACACCCCCUGCUCCAUCUCUGUCACCUCUCCAUAAUGAGCUAUAAUGGCAGCGUCUGAAACACGGGGAGGAAUCACAUUUCUCCGAUAAAGCAGAAGGCAAUAAGCAGCUGUUGUAAAUUCUGCGGCCUCGGACUGAACGACAGCGGUGUGUGAUUGUGUGUGUGUGUGCGACCAGCUUCGUUGCUCAUGUCCGAUUGGCCCGUCCCAGGGUCCCGGGCACAGUUCAGUGCUUCGGCACAAAGCAAGCCGACGAGAACGCCUUCUGCUGACAAGUCAGGAGAACUAGGUCACCUCUGGAGCAGCUUCCCAGAGGGCGAGCAGCGGGAGUCCAAACACCCCAAGGAGCAGAGUCUUUGGAGACACAGUGUCACCCCUUCACAGUACAGUAGUUCCUCAACGACUUUGUGUUUUUGUACAUGUGUUCAUGUGUAUUAGAAAGAGGCUCUGAAACAGUGUUAUUUGUAUAAAUAUCAAAGGACCUUCAUAAAACAACAUUGAACUCUAAUGGGAACAUUUGUUUCCAGCUGUGAUUAAAGCGUGCACCUCCCAACAGUCCAGUUUGGAGGUGUCCUCCAGCAGACGUCAGAAUGUAUAUUUAUGCUCUUUGCAUCGUUUUUAACACAUCUGUGAAAAAUCCCUUCUCUGUAGAAUGAAAAUUUUUUUUGAAAAAUGCUCCCUUUUGGCAAUAAAUGUGACUUUAAUGUGAAAA